CCCAGCCGGUCCGCUGGAUGACCAGCGCCGCGACGUCCCCGAACAUCUGCCUCCCUCCACCACCCAUGGCAUCGUGCGCAGGUGGCGGCGCAACCGUCUCCCAGCCAUCCUUCUGGGAGCACCACCGCCUGGAUCUCCGCAGCCACGCCACCAGACGACCUUCCAGGAGCCACCGCCGCCUGGAUGUGCGCAAUCCCUCCCGCGCGGACGACCCCAGUCCCCAACACGCAUGGUCGUCGUGGUGUGGGCGGCUUCACCGCGUGCAGCCACAGUUCAGGGACUGGGAACGCGAGGAGUCCGGCGGCGGCACAUCCGGUGGCUGCAGGAGCUCGGAUUCAUUGCCGGCUGGAAGUGGGAUAGCGGGGGUGCUCAGAUCCGUAGCUGGCUGGGUGUGGGCUGGCGGGGGAGCCCCAAUCCGUCGCCGGGUGGCCGCUUGGUGUCGGGGAUCUCAGAUCCAUCGUCGACGACUCGUGGUGAAGGUGCGGCGACAUUGGAGGUCACGGCUAUGCAGGCGUAUUGGUCGUCGGUGCAGUCCGCCGGCACGCGGCCGAAUGCCCCAUGUCCUGCUUUUCCCCUACCAAAUCGACUCUGCUUCCCCUGAGUUCGCGUGUACGAGGUUCUGCACUGCAUCGAGCUCCCCAGGAUACCAAAUUGUGAUUCACUUUUCAAUUCAGAAAAAAAGGUGUUGUGCAAAUUUCUAGGAGACUAGAAGUUCAUAUAUUUUUUUGAAAAAUUCAC